CGGCUUAUCACCCUUAUCUCGCUUCAAUCUUAUACAGUUUGAUGUGAGUAGAAGAUCCGAUCGUCUACUACAGCAUAAGAGACAAGUCUUUAUCCCGUUUGCGCGCACUGACACUGUUCUACAAUCUUUUUUGUAUAGGGCAACUCGCGAUUGGAACUCUCUCCUCAACACUGUAGUUAUCUCAUCAACAAUAAAAUCUUUCAAAACCAAACUGAGGCAGCACUUACAACUGUGAAAAAAAAAAUAGGAUAAAAAGGUGGCAAUUUUUAUAGGUGUUUAAAACCUUUUUUGCUUUCCUGACAACAUGUUUAUGUGUUAGUUAAAAUUUUUUUUUUUUAUUGUAAUACUAAAGUUUACUCUUUUUUUUUCAAAACUGCUGUUGUCGAAAUAAAAACAAACAAACAAACUAAUUUUACGAUUUUGUACUUGUAGACAUUCAUAAGAGAUAUUAAAUGUUAAUACGAGUAACAGAAGUUCGGGGCUAAAUAAUCUUGAUAAGAUAAACCAAUUUUCUGUACAAUGUAUAAGAAGAUGGAAACUGGAACUAGUGCUUUUAUCAUAGCAUAACAAUUCAAUAAUAUAACACCCACACUUUCUAGAAUAGUCAACGUGCCUACAACAAUAACACUUCCUAAAAAUAAAAUUUAUUUCCUUUAAACAAACAAUAAGUUGUCACUCGUUAACGUUUGAGUAUGAAACACGACAGCUCUAAUAGAGAGAAUUAUUCACAAUUAAUUAGCCAAAGUCCGUAUUACAAAACAAAACUUGUUUAAAGAAAACAUAUCUUAUUUUGUUUAAACUUUACUUUAUUUUGAAAACUUGAGCAGAAAGAAUGACCAAAGCCGUUUGUGCGAAGACGAAGAACAAACUUUUACUCUUUUAUUUCUAAGCGCUCAUCAAAGCGAAUGGAGCAACUUACAAAGCACAGGUUGCCGUUUGUAGUACAUCGAUAAUUUUUUUCAUUCUUAAUAUCAACAUUGCUCUUCACCUUUCUAAAUGCCUAUGAAGUGACCUUCCAACAACAACAAUAAAGGAACCAUUUACUUAUUCACAAAUAAAGCAAAGCGCUUUUUUUGAUAUAAGAAUUAAUUAGCCAAUUCUACUAUUUUGUUAUUUGAAGAGAAAAGGUGUCUUAUCAAUGGCACAUGUUCUUGAAGUUGAUGGGAUAGAAAUUCGCAUAUCUGGUAAAUCAUCCAAUGUUCCUAAAAACGAUGUAGCUCGAUUAAUGUACUAUUUUUCCUGUAUUUGUGCACUUGUUGAUUAUCAGGGUUCAUGUCCAAAUAUUGAACGUUAUUGUGAUUAUCAAUCAUAUAAGACAAUGUCAAGUGAUGAAAUUAGUGUCUUGUUAGGCCUGUGUCAUAGUUUUUUUGGUCCAGGAAAAUUUGAACGUGCCAAAAUACUUAUACACAAUAGUAAACUAUGUAAACCAGGAUGUCGAAAUACAUUUUAUGAACUAACAGAAACAAAACGCAUGGGAUUAGCAACUAAUCAAUCUAUCGUUAUCGCUGGUAGAAUUACAAGAGUAAAAAAAAUAAUGGUAUACGAAUAUAAAUGGAUAGACGAACAUUAUAAUCAGCCAUAUAUAAACUUGAAGAGUCGUUAUCCUGUCCGAAUGAUAGAUCCUCCAUCGACUGGUGGAUAUUGCUGUACAAUAUUAUGA